AUGGUACUGGAACUAGGUUCGAUCUAUGAUGAGAAAGACAUGAUUGAAAAAGGUGAAAUGCAAAAAGCAGAGGAAUUCCAGCGCAUACUGGUUUUGAUUCUGCGUACCGCCCAAGGACACCAUACUCACAAGUUAAAACGCAGCUCAAAGGAGCAGCGGUCGGCAUUGAAGCUGGCCGCUGGAUUUAAUGCCAAAUAUGGAGAUGGGUGGAAGGCCUUGGUCAAGCGGAUUUUAGACAACUGGACUCACCCGAUCAAAUCCGAGGAAAAGAAGGAUCUGCCACUUGGCUUGGAAGAGCAGCUUUCUCGACAACUUGUUAACAAGGGGACAAGGUUAUCAGACGCCGAGAAGAAAGGAAUAAAUCACAUUCUGGAGGUUGCCGAAAGAAUCAUCGCCAACACAAACGAUUACUUUAGCUGGGAGUUUAAAAGAAAUGGAGAUAAAAGAGUGGCAAACUUGAUCCAAGUCAUAAUGGAAAAAGAGGGCAGUUCCGAGGAAGAAGCCAGAGAAAAGUUGAAGAUCGCAAUUCUGGACGAUGAGACAAAAUAUCAACUCCUAUCGAACCAAGUUUUACGGCCACUCCAAAAUGCCCCAGCGAACGUGCGCAUAUUUCUUGCCAUGCUUGAUCUUCUUAUUGGGGGUCAUCAUGUUUGGAGCGCUACUUGCGAAAGAUACAAGGUUCACUCCCAACUGGAUGUGAAAGAAAUCACGAUAGCUACUACUCAGGACGAAAGUGGAGAUAUGAGCCCCUAA